AAAAAAAAGUAUAAAAAUAAUUAAAAUAUUAAUCUAUUACAUGAUAAUCAGUAUUACACGUGAGCUGAACAGGGGGAUGAAUCAUACACAGGGUGGUACUUAAUAGACUUCGUCACGUCCCCCUCAUCCCAAUACUCACUCCUGAAUGAGUGGACGAGGGCACAAUGGAUAGUUUGUCCAAGAUGAAGACGUCGGUUCUUCUCCUGACCGCUGUGAUAGUUUUCCAACAUGGUGCGGCUGUGGAGGUCGAUGCAGGGGCAAAGUCUGUCGUGCUGCCCUGCUCUGUCAAACUGGAGGAUCUGAAGGAUUUGUCGGUGGUGUGGCGUCGUGAAGAUCUCAAUCCCUCAAUCAUCCACUUUAAGGAGCAGGGACGCAAUGAGAAGGAAAAGCAGAACCAGAAUUACAGAGGCCGUACAUCAGUGAGCGAUCCACUGCAGCAGAACGGACUCGCCAGCCUCACUCUGUCUGAACCACGUCUCAACGACAGCGGCACCUACACCUGCAUCAUCCGCAGGGAGGGAGAGGAACUGCACCGGACAGAAGUACCGCUGCUAGUCAAAGAACCAUUUCCACAAAAGUUCUCACUUUGCUGGGGUCUUUUUCUGGGUGCUGCACUACUUUGUUCUUUCGUCUGUUUUUUUGGAUCAUGUUGUUGGCGGAGAAACUCCAGGGCAGCUGUCGCCUCAGUCUAUCGGGUGAUCGUGAGGGAGGGGGCGGGGUUAGUAAAGCUGCCCUACCAAGCCACAGUCGACCUUCUUGAGGGCACCAUAGUGGAGUGGAUCUUGUCUGGCCCUAAACCCAAGGUGGUCCACCGGCAAGUGAUCGGUCAUGACCAGCCCCAGAAACAGCCUGAGGUUUACUACGAGCGCACGGAGAUGACAGACCUGCCGCAGACCGGAGACCUCAGUCUGACCCUGUUUGACCCCUGCUGUAAGGACAGCGGCAUUUACGUCUGCAACGUCCGCAGAGAUGGAGUCAUCCUGGCUCAGAGAGUGGUGGAGGUCCUGGUCCAAGUCUUCCUGGUGAUGGCGAGGGAGGGGGAGGAGUUCGUAAAGCUGCCGUUCCGCAUCCCCCUUGAGGUCUGUGAGGGCGUCGUAGUGGAGUGGAGCCUGUCUGGCCCUAAACACAAGACGGUCCAUCGGUGUGUGAUCGGCAGUGACCAGCCCGUGGACCAGCACGAGUUUUACUAUGGACGCACAAAGAUGUCAGGCCCGUUGUCCCUCGGUAUCCUUGAUCUUGUCCUGGAAGACCCCCGCCGUGAGGACAGCGGCAUCUUCAUCUGCACCGUGCACAGAGGGGGGGUCAUCCUGGUCCAGAAAGUGGUGGAGCUCCAGGUCCAACGUCAGUACUGUUCACAGAUCAGAGGUGACAGACAUGGCAGCGACACCUUUGUUGACAUGACGUAUCUCUGCAGCGACAGGAUGGACUGAGAGAAGAACGAUAGCUCACUGCCGACCAAGAGAUGUCUGUUUUAUUUCACCGUGCUCAGUUUUCUGUGUUGCAAUAUUAACUCAUUAGUCUUAGAACACUUAAAAUUUAAUUAGAACAAGGGUAUUAACUGCUGCUUUUUAGAAAACAUUUAGCAUUAGAUUCACGAAGCAUCUCAAGAGUAAAAGUAGCUCCUAACUUGCAGAUUUAGGAGAUUUAGUGUCAGUCCUAACUUUAGGACUCCUUAUUUUUCAGAGUAAUUCAUUGAUUCACUUAGCGCUAAAAGUAGCUCCUAUGUCUGGGAGAAGUUAGAAGUAGUGGAGAGGACUCACUAUGUUGUGGAGUUUGUGAAGGAUUAAAUAACAUCUCCAACUGAAACAACCGAUCACUGCGGGAAUUAAGUGUUUGGCAACGCUGCGUUACUUGGCAACAGAGAAAAGCCGAUAUAUCUACCAAAAAAUAAAUGCACUCUGAUCCAACGUCAGGAAAAUUCAUACGAUUUCUUUUAGAUGUUCAACUACUAGAGAGAAAUAAUCUUAACACACCUCAACCCACAGCUACAUUACAGCAGGUGCAGCUACAGCAGUCUGUGGCUAACCUGCAGCUUAGCUUUAGUUAGCUCGUCUGCAACAGGUUAGCUGUUUUUAUUUUUCCAUUGAGAGAUUUGAACAUAAAUUAUAAUUAAAUUUUCCCGGGUCGACACAAACCUCAUCAUACAGAUGCAUUUUGGAGAUUGCACUACUUUUGUAACCAGCAACUGAUCCGUUAUUAUUUUAUUUGUUCUUGUUUAUUUCUCAGUGGGUUUUUUUUAUUAUUACUGUGGGAUGUUGAUGUUGUUCAUGCUUUCAGCUUCAGCAUCGGAGCCUCUUCUCCUCAGUAAGAGUUGGUCUCAGCAGCUUUGUGAAGAGGACUCUUAGUGGGAAGAUAAAAUGUUUUGUAAAAACAGGUCCUGAUCAUUACUGUGUAUAACAUUAAAGUCAUAUUAUGUUGAAAAGGGCUUUAAUGAAUCCAUAAUGCUACAAGUUAAGCUAUAGUGGUAUUAACAGUGAUUGACAAAGGACUCUUAAUGUCUGAGCUGGACUGCUUUUGUCUCCAGCCACAUACCGAUAUCACAGUAUUUUAAUGUUGUAAAUAUUUUAUGCUGAAUGCAUGAAUUUAAAUGUUAAGAGAAUGUGUGUGUGUUAUAUUCUGAGUAAAUUAUGAAGGUGUGAAGGUUGAGUCUGGGUCAAAGGGAAUGUAUGAGUUUUGGGAGAGUCUGGUAGCUGUAGCUACAUGUUGUCUACUGGAAGAAAUGAGAAUUAUGUCUCAGAGAAACGAACUAUGCUGUUACAAGAUGAAUUGCAUGACUGUGUUUCUUUAGUAUGAGUAGAGUUUAUAAUGUUUCAAAUA